CAACAACACGUUUGAGAUGUUCGAGAGCUGUCAUCAUCUCGCAAGUCAAACUUAAUAAUAAUUUGCAAACUUCGUAGCAAAAUAUAAGAUAAAACUGGGAUAAAUCAAACAAACGCGAUGGAAUACGAAGAAAUUGAAUCAAAUGCGGGUAAUCCAGUCGCAGAAGAAACUCAACUUAAGCGAUUCAAGAUGAUUAUUCCAUUAACUCAAGAUGAAGUAAAAUUUAUUCACGAUAAAAACUUGUUGGAAAGUUUUGUUGAGAUCUUUGACGCCAACGUAUUUAUAACAAAUGGAAUUAUACUUCGAUUUUUAAAUAUUGUAGCAAGUAUUGAUGAUCGUUAUGAUAUUCAGCGAUUUAUUAGAAAAUAUUUAAAGAUACCUAAAGUAAGGAAAUCUUUACGUCUACUAUUCAACAAAAUUGAAGAUUAUCCGUUAAUCGAAGAAGUUCGUGAUUUAGCAGAACCAUUUGAUUUAUAUGAAACUUAUACUAAUUUAUUAGAAGAACAUAAACCAGUUUAUCAUCCCGAAGUUGCUCGAAUUAUAAAAAAAUUGAAUAUAUUUCGUUGUCUUCAUUGUAUAGAAUUCACAAAACAAACAACAUCUGCGUUAAAUCUUUUGUACGAUCUUUCUACCGUUCAAGGGCAACCAAUGUCGUUUAAAUUACAGGGCAAAGCAAUUAGUGCAUAUAAAAGAAUUUUUCAAAAUAUCGAAAGUACAGAAUUGAAUACGAUAAUUGAUGAAUUUAAUUCAAAAAAGUUUAAUAAUAAGGAAAAAAUACGACUAUUACCGAAAUUAAUUGUGGAUGAAGAUCAAAAAUCAAGGCUUCAAAAAGAAGACAUGGACUUAUAUCAAUAUUUGAUUCGAUUAAAAGAACCAUGUAAAAGAAGUAAGAACAAAGACUUUCGAUUUAAAUUAAUGAAAAAUAUACGGUUUUAUGAUGCUUAUAAAAAAUUUUAUGCAAAAAAUCGCCGAGCAAUUAAGAUUUUGGGGAAGAAAUUGAACGUUCCAUUUCAAUGUACGGAAAUUCAAACUGAAUUAACAGAACAAACUCCAACUGAAUCAAUUGUACCUGUAUCACAUUCUUCUGAAUCAAAUGCUACUGAGUGUUAUAAUCUCAAAAGAGAAAUUAAAAUUGAAUCAAAUGUAUCGAAACAAACUCCAGUUGAACCAAUUUUAAUUGGCUCAAUUAAAAUCGAACCACUUGAAUCAAACACAAAUGAAUGUGAAGAAUCAGAUUCAAACGCUUUAAUUAAUUCAAAUGAAAGUGAAUCGUAUACACCUCAGCCGCAAGCAAACGCAAUUAAAUGUGAAAAUUCAGAUUCAAACGCAGAUCAAACGGCUGUAAUUAAUCCAAAUGAAAGGGAAUCGUUUCCAAUUCAGUCACAAGUAAACGCAACUGGAUGUGAAGAAUCAGAAUCAAAAGUAAAUCAAUUGGAUGUAAUUAAUCCAAAUGAAAAUAAAUCAUCUACAAUUCAGCCACAAGCAAACGCAAUUGAAAUUGGAGAAUCAGAUUCAAACGCAGAUCAAUCGACUGUAAUUAACCCAAAUGAAAGUGAAUCGUCUACAAUUUUGCCACAAACAACUGGUCCUGUUGUGAACAAAACAAUUACAAAAAAAUCACGAAAAACUACAAAAAAAUCUCGAAAAACUACAAAAAAAUCUCGGAAAACAUUUAAAUUAAAUUUUGCAUUAGCUGAAAAUGAAUUAAAAAUUAUAAACGAUACAAAUUUAAUAAAUCAUUUAAUCGAACAAUUUAACGCUAACGUAUCCAUAAAUAACGGUAUUACAUUGAAAUUUUUACAUAUUAAAGGAAAUUUUGAACACCGUAAAAAUGCAUGGAAAUGUAUUCGAAAAUUUAUAAACAUACAAAAGAUUGAAUUAUCAUUAUUCCUUCCGUAA